AUGGCUCAGAAAGUCCAAGAAAUCAAAGAAAAGUUGGGCAAAGCCCUGAGGGACCCUAGCAAGCCUUGGACUGCGAUUUUGGCUCAGGCUGAGAAAAAAACCGGCGUGGACAGAGUAUACGUGUUCGUAGUAAUACAAAGCACAAUGACCGAGCAGGUAGUUUUGGGGUUUUUGCAAGGGGCUAGGGCCUUUUUCCUUGAGGAAAAAGACCAGAGCAAACGGUAUUUUAAAGGUGGUAUUGCUAUAGUAGGCCUUUGGUUGGUAUUCGGUUACGCUGCCCAGCUGCUCUGCAACUUAGUAGGCUUUGUUUAUCCAGCCUACUUGUCCAUGCAUGCAAUUGAAAGCAAAAAAAAGGACGACGAUACUAAAUGGCUCACUUAUUGGGUUGUUUUUGCCUUGUUUUCGGUUGUAGAGUAUUUUGCUGACUUUAUUGUGGGCUGGUUCCCAUUAUAUUGGUUGGUAAAGUGCGUAUUUAUGGUUUGGCUGAUGAUUCCUUCGGACUACAAUGGUUCCGUUACUUUGUACCAUAGAAUUGUGAGGCCUUACUUUUUGAAGCACCACGGUACCAUUGAUGAGACUUUGAACAAGGUCAAGGAACAAGUCAACAAAGUGACAGACAAAUCUGAAUAA